AUGGCUUCACCAGCAUCGCUUUAUGAGGUGCUCGGUAUACCAAAGGGUGCUACAUCUCAGGAGAUCAAAGCGGCGUAUCGGCGGGUGGCACACAUUUGUCAUCCCGAUGCGGUGGCAACAGAUCGGAAAGACAAAUCGGCAAAUGAAUUCAUGAAGAUACACGCUGCCUACUCCACUCUCUCCGAUCCUCAGAAGUGCAACGUUUACGACCGUGACCUCUUCAGCCAGAAACGACUUUAUAGAUCUCCGUCGUCCGCCUCUGCCUACGCAGCGGAGUCAGCGGCGUCUUCCAUGUCUGGAUUUUCUGGCUAUACUCACAGGAAUUGGGAGACGGAUCAGUGCUGGUAA